AUUUGUUGGCAUCCCUAUUCUAAACAACAAAAAUAGCUAGCAAACAGUUUAUUAACAUUACAUUAUCAAAGAAUUAAUAUAAAAUUAUAUUGGUGGUAAUGGAUUAUGCAAACAACGGUAAUUUAGGAGGAAACUUAACAAGAAUAAUCAAAAGUGAUCGGAAUCAAAAUUUAUAUAUGUUAUAUGAAAUUAUUUCUGGACUUAAUGACAUACAUAACCAAGAUCUUAUUCAUUGUGAUUUUCAUGAUGGUAAUAUUUUAAAUCAUGGGAAUAAAAUCCAUUCCGAAUAAUAAAACAAAUAGCAAAUUAUCAGUGUUAAAAAAAAAGAAUCAAAAAAGAAAAAUGUAGGGGUGAAUAAGGG